AUGUUGUCGAUCCGGACACUCUUGGCCCAUCUGCUUGUGUUGGAUGUCUGCUUCGCACUCACGGCAGGAGGGCCGCCAAGUACCCCGCCAACGCACCCCUACAAACAGCAGGUUCAAAACACCGAUUUGGAUGCCUGGAUUGCCAAACAAGCCGACCUUUCUUGGUCUAAUGCGCUCACCAACAUCUCCCCGCACGGGGCCUUACCCGGACUCAUCGUCGCUUCUCUCUCAACCUCGAAGCCCGAUUAUUACUACAGUUGGACUCGUGAUACAUCCAUAGUAUUGAAGGAGAUCGUUUGGCGAUACCAAGAGAGCCAAGACCCGAAGCUAUUGGCCCUGAUCAAGCAAACCAUUCCGGCCACCCAAGUGAUCCAACGAUCAUCAUCCGGCGCGACUGCUGGACUAGGGGAGCCCAAAUACUUUGUCAAUGGCUCCGCUUUCACUGGGCCAUGGGGAAGACCACAGAGAGAUGGCCCGGCCCUAAGAGCCUCGGUUUACAUCAAAUUCGCCUUGGCUUACCUUCGCGUCGGUGGACCCGAAGCGGCCCGAUAUGUCAAGAGUGUCUUGUACGAUGGUCAAUGGAAAUCUCGCUCCGUCAUCAAAGCCGAUCUGGAAUACAUCUCGAACAGUUGGAAAGAGCGCUCAUUUGACCUCUGGGAAGAAGUGAACGGCCACCACUUCUUCACGUUUGCGGUGAUCCACAGAGCGUUGAAGGAUGGGGCCAGUUUCGCGACCAAGAUGGAGGAUCGUGGUGCGGCCGCUUGGUACCAAAAACAGGCGGAUUUGAUCGCCGUUCAGCUCGAUUCUUUUUGGGACACUCAAGCAAGAUACAUCCAAGCCAGUCGAAACUUCGUCGAUUCUCAUGGAAAGAAAUCCGGAUUAGACGUGGGAACCUUGCUAGGUUGCUUGCACGCUGGAACCCAAGCCCCACAGUCAUUCCGUCCAGAUUCCGAUAAGAUGAUCAACACCUUUCACGCUAUAUUGCAAUCUAUGAGCAAAACCUAUCCUCUUAACAGUAGAUUUCAUGAUUUGACUGCCAAGGCAGUCGGCAGAUACCCUGAAGAUAUCUACGAUGGAGUGUCGACGAGUGUUGGAAAUCCAUGGUUCAUCACCACGUUAACGAUGGCGGAAUACAUAUACCGACUGAAUCCGAAGACGGAGCUGAGGACCAAUCGAUGGAGUGGCUCUGACGGAGAGACUCAGAAUCUGACCUCCCGGAUGAUUGGGGACCAAUUCGUCUCCAUUGUCAGGAAUUUCAUCCAACCUAACGGGCUCGAUCCAUGA